AUGGCGCCCCCUUUGUACACCCCACUUCCCACGGACGCGAAAGAUGCCGAGAUCCGGCUGCUUACCGUCUUCCCCGCUGACGGCGGCGACCCGGCGUCGGUCGUCUGCUGCUCCAUCCGCUCCCAGUCAGAGAGCCUGGCCGUUGCGCUGGCUGGCGUCCGGGCCCACAACGCACCAAAUGACUUCACCAUCUGGGCAGACGCUAUAUGCAUCAACCAGAGCGACCUCGCUGAGAAGUCGAGCCAGGUGGCGCUGAUGAGCAGCAUCUACUCCAGCGCGGCCAGGGUCGUUGGCUGGCUGGGCGAGGCCGCAGGCGAGAGCAACUAUGCCAUCGAACUCAUCGCGAGGAUCCGGGGCUAG